UCCUACUUUAUUCAUAUGUUAACUCGAGCAAUGAUGAGGGUCGUUAACACCUCUGCAGAAGCAUCUUUAUUUAGAGAUUUCCAUUGUUUUUGCACUUAUUUCACACGUAACAAAAUCGGCUCUGCGACGUCCACAGAACUACUUAAAAGCAAGUACAGAAAGAAAGACGUUACGGAAACAGAUGUGCAAUUAACAAUAACAUUUCUUAGCUUUCAAGUAUGAUUCCAUGAAUUAUGUUUAAUCAUGCAAUAGUAUAAACACAACGUAAUGACAAGAGAUUCAGUUAACUUAGCUGUAGACGUUUUCGUUCAGCAGCUUUCAAUAUAAUUGGCCUAAGAAAAGUUACAUUUGGUUUUAGCGCGGGCGAGUACGCACAUCAGCUCUGGAGAUGAUUUCAAUCAUGCAGGCCGACUUUCUUUUCUCUCUCUCCCCCUUCCGCCACCGCUAAAUGGUCUAUGACGGGCGAACGGAGACGACGUUACUGUUGUUCCCUUUGUUGACAAAUCCAUGCAACAACUUCGGCUCGGCGGUAUAACAGUGCGACCUCUGACGUCAGCUGGUCACGUGACGCUGCUGAUAGUAUAUCUUUAAGUGAAAAGUAAUCUAUCAGACAGUCCUUAAAGCCUGCUUUUAAAAGCAUGUGUCAUCUUGACUCCUCGGUCCAAAAUCACUCUUAACUUUCGAGGAAAUACAGGCGAACGGGGACGAGGUGUAUCGACAAGCCAGCUUAAAUCAGAAGCCACUGGACUGGAGAAAUACUUUCCAAAGUUGAAGUUUUACUGGCAGGCCAGGAGUGACCUGCAUUUAUAGCCACCGGCGUCAUCUGAUCUGACCACUGCUCUUACCUUCGGUUGCUCCAGCGGUAAAGUGAGCGGUGAUGACCCUGUCUGGAGGCACCAGUGCCAGCAACAUGUCCGGUCAGACCGUGCUCACAGCUGACGAUGUGGAUAUCGACGUGGUCGGGGAAGGCGACGAGUGCAUGGAGCGGGACAGUGACUGCGAGAGCCAGUGCAUGCAGGACCGAGGAGAUGAGGUGGAGGAGAUCGAGGUGAAGGAGCGCAGCGACAGCCCUUGCGAGAGCGCCGGCGAGGGUGAGUCCAGGGGGGAUGUCCUGGAAAGCUCCACCGGUCCCAUGCAGAGCAAACCCAAGAACAGCCUGGUGAAGCCGCCCUACUCUUACAUCGCACUCAUCACCAUGUCCAUCCUCCAGAGCCCGCAGAAAAAGCUAACGCUGAGUGGAAUCUGCGAGUUCAUAAGCAACCGCUUUCCUUACUACCGGGAGAAGUUUCCUGCUUGGCAAAACUCCAUUCGCCACAACUUGUCUCUCAACGACUGCUUCGUCAAGAUCCCACGGGAACCGGGCAACCCGGGCAAAGGCAACUACUGGACCCUCGACCCCCAGUCGGAAGACAUGUUUGACAACGGCAGCUUUCUGAGGAGGAGAAAACGCUUUAAGAGACAUCAGCCGGACAUUCUCAGGGAACAGGCUGCUCUCAUGAUGCAGAGUUUUGGGGCGUACAGCCUCGGGAAUCCCUACGGUCGUCACUACGGAAUUCACCCGGCCGCCUACUCUCACCAUGCAGCCGCUCUGCAGUAUCCAUACAUUCCGCCGGUGGGUCCAAUGCUCCCUCCGGCGGUGCCUCUCUUACCCUCGGCAGAACUGAGCAGAAAAGCGUUUAACUCGCAACUAAGUCCGAGUCUUCAAUUACAUCUCAACAGCUUGAGCACCGCGUCAAUGAUCAAAUCCGAACCUUCCAGUCGACCAUCGUUCAGCAUAGAGAAUAUUAUCGGCGUGUCCAGCAGCUCCACGAACGCGCAGACUUUCCUGCGGCCGCCCGUCACGGUGCAGUCCGCCUUACUGAGCGCACAAUCCCUGUCCCUAACCCGGACAUCAGCUGCCAUCGCGCCUAUUCUCAGCGUCCCAUCAAAUAUCAUCUCCGGACAGUUUUUGCCCACAGUGUCUACAGCGGCGUUAUCCAAAUGGCCUUCUCAAUGAUAAUCUUAAUAUUUUUUACACAUAUAUAUUUUAAGACGUUACAGCACGAACUAUAGGCAGCACUGGACAAAUCGUCCGCCCCAAUGUAGCCAUGUAAAGACUUUUGUGAAAAAAAUAAGAAAAUUCAUUAUCAAAAGGAAUGCUUUCAGUACAGGUAAUGUUUGUAAAUAUUUGUACAAAGAAAUUAAUUUACAUGUUUUACUUUUGUAUUUCAUUUCGUUGUUUAAACUGUAUGACAGUAGUUGAGUGAGCCUUAUUUUUUUCAUGGGUAUCCUGAGAUUUCACGAACAAUGUUUUGCUUUGUUAAUAAAAUAUUAAAUUGUUCUUAUUCAAAGACUGGAAAAGGAAGUAUGUUUAUAAAAUUUAAAUAUAUGUAUGUAGCUAUUGUGUUGUAAAUCAACUCCAUUUGUUAAUAAAUAUGAAAAACCAUUUCAGACAAAAUCGAUUUCAUGAAAUUUAACUGCAAAAAAUUAUUACUGACAUAAAAGAUAUAACCGUACGCGAUAAUAUAAGAAAUGUAAAUACAACAAUUUAGAAAUUAAAACAUGUAAAAGUAGCCGAUUGCAAAUAACGCACUGCAUAUAGGAAUUGGAACAAUUACACCAUUUUAUGGUACAAGAAAGAUUUCUUGAAAUAUAUCUAUCCUGCCUACAAUUUUGAAACAGUUUAACAGUCAACAAUUUUGUGCAGUUUAUUGUUCGUUAUCGGAUCAUUUCAUAACUCAUAAUUUUCUUAUAUCUCGAUUUAAUAAAGAGUGCAUUAACUCACACACACCUUUUUCUUAUAAAAAUAAACACUGCGAAUAAAUGAUUGUGAAUUCGUCUUAAAACAAUUUUGACAGAAUUUGUUUUAAUUUCAUUUAAUAAUCAUGCAAAACUCAAACAUCUACCAUAUAAGCUUUCAUAUGCGCACCAUCUUCUACAAGAAUUUAUAAAUAUAAUUACUACAACCACCUUCAAAAGCUAAGCAUUUAAGCUUACGUUUUGGACUAUGUAUGUUACAAAAAUAACAACAUUCUUUAAAAUUAAAAAGGUCAAUCGCCGGUUUCCAUUUACAAGUGAAAACGGAUGCGACCUAAAAAUGUUUUGCAAGUUGUUCCCAUUAAAGUAACACUCUCAUUCGCAGUUGUGUCUAGCUAAUCACUUCUACUCAAACAGCAAAUGGUAGAUGAUGUGUGGCGUGCGCAAGAGAUGGGGCUAUAUUUAAGUGAUACCCAUGGGAAAAGAAAAAGAGCUCUCUUCUUAAAUUCACUUUCAGGCUAAAGAAGUUGCUGAGAUUGACCUUAACGUACAUUAAAGGGGGCCUAUUCCACAACUGUC